AUGGCCGAGGAUGCAGGAGGGCUUUUGAUGCAUCAGUUUCCCCUGAGAGCUCAAGGGGCUGUUGCAACAGAGGUCUUGUUAGUGGUGCUCAAGCGACACUUCCUCGUCGACACUUCUGCUCAUCCCGACAGGGUAGACAGGGUAAAGCCAGAUGGUCUCGUGUACUCUGGCAGUCUCGGGAGCUAUGUCGAUCUGGACGGCUGUCGCACGCGCCUUGACGAGGCUUUGUUGGGUAUCGAGGACAAGUUGGAGCUUGACAUCUUUGACGAUGACGCUGCUGUUGGCGCCUUCGAACCAAAGCUCACCGACAAGGAGAGCGACGCGGUCGGCCAGGUCCUGACCUACAUCGAGCGGAUGCACUGUCGCCAGAACCGCACCUUCUCAUUCUUCCUCUUCAUCAACGCCGAGUACUUUCGCAUCAUCCGCACCGAUCGGGACGGCAUGGUCGUGACAGAGAAGCGGCUCUGGAGGAAGAAAGAGGAUGAAUAUCAGUGCCUCAACGAGUUUCUUCACCGCUUCGACAACCUCAUUCCCGAGGACCAAGGCCAGGACACGUCUGUUCGCCGGGUCCCGAAGGAGCGUGCGCAUCUCGAAGAGCCUGCUAAAGCAGCCCUUGCGCCGUACCUCGAGGACCUCAAGAAGCGCAAGCCGCUCGCGCUAGACGCACCCAUCCUCGAAGUAGAUGUGCCAAUCGACCAGAAUGCGAAGUCUGGGUGGCGUCGGUUCUAUGUCUGGGCUCCCACCAUCGAGCCGCAUGGCAUCCGCACGCGUGCGACAGUCGGGUAUCUGUUGAGGUUGCAGUUCGGCCGCUCGCCCGAUGCGACGAGUCAUUUUGUGCUUUUCGGACUUAUCGCUCUUAGUUUACCUACAGCUACUCGGACAGUGCCGUACCCUCCUGCAUCCUUGGCCAUCGCCGUGGUCCCCGUCGUCGUCGCCAGCAGCGCGUGCACUGUCGUCGUCGUCGUCGUCGUCGUCGUCGUCGUCCCGCCCUCCGACGCGCGCGCGCACGUGCAGCCCGCCUCCCGAAACUUCCCACGCUCCUCCCGCCGCGUCGCCCCGCCCUCCCGCCGCGUCGCCCCGCCCUCCCGCCGCAUUGCCCCGCCGCGUCGCCCCGCCCUUCCCGCCGCGUCGUGUAGCAUCGCCCAGCCAUCUCGCCACGCACACGGCUUGCCCCACUACCUAGCGCGUCGGGCUCGCACCAUCCAUCGCGCUCGCACGUGCACCUGCGAUCCCUCGCCUCCCGUUCCCGCCUCUUCCCACGCUCCUCCCGCUGCGUCGCCCCGCCUUCGCCCCGCACACGAUUGUGGCUGGCUCAUCGCACUCGCCCUCCUCGCAGUUGCACGUGCAGCCGCAGGCUCGCCGACGCUCAUCCUUCCCGGCUUGCAUGGGUACCCCGCACGUGUCCAUUGGGAAACUCAGCCCCGCUUGCGAGCCAUCGCGGGCUCGCCUGCUGCCACGCUGCACUACAUCGCGCUCUCGCUGGGCCGGAGGUAG